AGAAGAAACAAAACCUAUCAUGCAGUGUCAGUUCACAGUGUGAAAAAUGGCACACCAAGGAUAUCAGAUGGAUUCUGUGAAAUUAUCCUGUCCGAUCUGUUUGGAUCUGAUGAGAGACCCGGUAACUAUCCCCUGUGGACACAACUACUGCAUGAACUGUAUUGGAAACUUUUGGGAUGGUGAAGAGAAAGAGAAAGGGAUCUACAGCUGCCCUCAGUGUAGACAGAGGUUCACACCGAGGCCUGUUUUAAAGAAAAACACCAUGUUAGCAGAGUUGGUGGAGGAUCUGAAAAAGACUGGACUCCAAGCUCCUGCAGCUGAUCACUGCUAUGCUGGACCUGAAGAUGUGGCCUGUGAUGUCUGCACUGGGAGGAAGAUGAAAGCUGUCAAGUCCUGUCUGGUCUGUAUGGCUUCUUAUUGUGAGAAUCACCUUCAACCUCACUAUGAUGCUGAACCAUUACAGAAGCACAAGCUGGUGGACCCCUCUAAGAAGCUCAAGGAGAACAUCUGCUCCAAUCAUGAUGAGGUGAUGAAGAUCUUCUGUCGUACUGAUCAGCAGUGUAUCUGUUAUCUCUGCUUAAUGGAUGAACAUAAAGGCCAUGAAACAGUCCCAGCUGCAGCAGAAAGGACUGAGAAGCAGAAGGAGCUCCAGGAGAGACGACAACAAAUCCAGCAGAGAAUCCAGGACCAGGAGAAAGAUGUGAAGCUGCUUCAACAGGAGGUGGAGGCCAUCAAUGGCUCUGCCGAUAAAGCAUUGGAGGACAAUGAGAAGAUCUUCACUGAUCUGCUCCGUCUCCUGCAGAAAAGAAGCUCUGCUGUGAAGCAGCAGAUCAGAUCCCAGCAGGAAACUGAAGUGAGUCGAGUCAAAGAGCUUCAGAAGAAGCUGGAGCAGGAGAUCACUGAGCUGAAGAGGAAAGAUGCUAAGUUGGAGAAGCUCUCAAUCACAGAGGAUCACACCCAGUUUCUCCAGAACUACCCCUCACUGUCAGCACUCAGUGAGUCUACACACUCAUCCAGCAUCAAUAUUCAUCCUCUGAGAUACUUUGAGGAUGUGACAGCAGCUGUGUCAGAGAUCUGGGAUAUACUACAGGAUGUCCUGAGAGACAUAAGGACAGACAUCUCACUAGCAGUCACUGAAGUGGAUGUUUUGCCACCAGAAUCAGACCAAAGUACAAAGGAAAAUGUCAACGAUGACUUAGAUGAACUAAAGGUCAUAGAUCAGUCAAAAAACAUGCAAACAACAGUCGCUAUAGCAGAUUGUACGCUUUCGUCGUCAGAACAACAGACCAGAGCUGGGUUCUUAAGGCAUGCACGGAAAAUCACUCUCAAUCCAAACACCGCACACAAAUAUCUGGAAUUAUCUGAAGGCAACAGAAAAGUAACAAUGACCAAUGAAAACCAGCAUUAUCCAGAACACGACGACAGAUUCACUAGGAGGUGGCAGGUCCUCAGUAAACAACGUCUGACUGGACGUAUUUACUGGGAGGUGGAGUGGAGUGGGAGAGGCAUUGAAAUAGCAGUUGCAUAUGAUGCAAUAAAAAGAGAAGGGGACACACAGGAGAGUACUUUUGGUCUGAAUGAGAACUCUUGGGCAUUGUGUUGCUCACCAAAUAAAUAUACAUUUCAUACUGAUGGUUGGAAGGAGGAUAUUGAUGAAUCAAUUCCUGUUUCCUCCACAGUGGGAGUGUACCUUGAUACCAAAGCAGGGAUUCUGUCUUUGUACAGCGUCUUUGGUUCUUUAAUGAUUCUCAUCCACGGAGUUCAGACCACAUUCAAUGAGCCUCUGUAUGCUGGGAUUUGGCUUUCACGCUCAGUAGGAACCACUGCAGAGUUCAUUCAGUUACAAUAGAGCAAUAAAUGAAACAGAGUAGCCCAGUUUAAAGCUCUGGUUCAUUUACACCUCAGUGAUAACGCCUAGUUAUCCUCAGAGUAACAUGUUUCCAAUGGAGAGUUAAUUACAUUGAAAACAGGAAGCAUUUUUGCAUAACAAGCUUCUUGAUAAUGUUUAAAGCAAUAAAUAAUGUGAAUUAUU